AUUCAAAUAGUAAUUUUAAAUGUAUCAACCACAAACUUUGUUGAUAAACCCUAUAUAAUUAUGGCAUAGGUGUUAUAAGUAUAACGUAAAUCAAUUAACCUCCUAACAUGUGAUACCUCAUUGCUCAUAGUCAAUAUUUAUCCAAAUUAUAUUCCUCCUUUAUCAUAUUAAGAUGGUAUAUACCUCACAUAUAUCAGCUGACAUAGUUUCAAGUUUAUUUGAACUAACUAUAAAUUAUAUAGCAAAUGACUUUGACAAUAUCAAUGCAUCUGGGAAUUUUUGGACCAAAAUACUUGUGGAGGAUUAUAAUUUUACCCCUAAAAUAGCCAAUAGACUAUUAGACUUAUUAUGCAAAAAUAAUAAAAUAUCAGACAAAAUUUUAUCACUCUUUGCAUCACCAGUAAUAUUUCCUCUGACCCAACUUACUAUUGACAAAAAUUCAGGAGCAUCAAAGAUAACAAUGGUCUCUAUAAUUCAUUUAGAAAGACAUCUGAUUGGAAAUCUAAAAUAUUUGAAACUGUCUGAUUUGACACAAAUAUCAUUUGAGGUGUUGAUAUCAUUCUUUUUCUUUCAACAACCAGAAGCUUUAUUAUCAAUAUUAAUUAAUAAUUAUGAACCAUUUUGUAAUUCAAAUACAGAUAAUUUUACAUAUGAUGAUCUAGAUGGUGCUACAUCUAAAGAUAUACUUGAUUCCCACAUAGGUGAAAAAAAUUUAUUCAGCAAUAGUUUAAUAUUCAAUAAUAAUGAAUCUGGUAACAAUUUAAACAUUCAAAGAAAAGAAUCAAUUAAAACAUACAUGUCUCUUAUUAAAUCCAAUAAAACAUGUCCUAAUAUCAACCAAGAAGAUCAAAAAUAUUUGGAUAGUUUGAUGAAGAUGUGUUACUAUAAACUUACCCACUUGGAUCUUUCCUCAAAUAACUUUUCAUCUGCAAGCUCAAUCUUGAAUUCUUACAGGUACAAUACCUGCCCAGAAAAUCCUUGUAUGGAAGUUGACUCAGAAAUUGAUUUCUAUUUUUAUUUUGAAAAUAAUCAACAAAAUGGUAACAAUUCUAUAAAUACUCAAAAUAUCCCCCGAAAUAUGGAAGAUUGUCCUGAUGAAAAUUUUAUCAACCUUGACAAAAAUCAGCCAUCUUCUUCCAAUGGUCUUUCACCUAAAGAUCGAAACAUGCAGGGCAAGUUUUCUGAAAAUGCUCGAAAGGUUUCCCCUUCUCUUCUUGCAAAUAACUUAACCUCCACCUCUAUCAUGCCCUACUUAACCCAUUUAAACUUGUCUAAAUGCGCUCUUCUGACUCACAAACUUCUAUCUCUAAUUCUGCGAAAACUUGAUCAUUUGUCCACCUUAGACCUUUCCCUCUGCAUUGGCCUAGAAGAUCUUUCUUCAUUAACCACCAAUCCUUGCAAAUCUACGCUGGAGCAUCUUGUGCUUCAUGGCAUGAGAGUCUCUUGCCAAGAGACCUCCCCCGAUAUACUCAACAAGCUUAACAACCUACGUAGCCUUGAUAUAUCCGAGCCAGCUGGAAAGCAUUACGGGUUGGAUAGUCAAUCCCAACUAGUUCGCACACCCGUCCACCUUAUACUGAGUUCUCGCAAUCUACCCAAUUUGAGCAGGGUGGAUCUCUCUGGCGUUGCUGGCCUCUCUCCUUUGUCACUAUUAACCUUGAUCGAAUUGCAUCCUGAUUUGGAAUUCUUGGGACUAAUGCUCUCACACGUCAAUUAUGACCCUAGGCUGUGCGAAGUUUUGGAUGAUCAAACGCGUAUCACGGUGGCUGGAGAAAGCAACGAAAUUCAGCUGUUAAACGCGCUCAAAAUAUAUUCUGACCGCCCUGGUUACAUCCAGAAGGGUCUUCAGAGACUCUUUUCUUUCACCAGAGAUUGCAAAGAGGUCGAUCAAGAAUUAGUUCAGAUUAUAAUAGAUCACCUAAAUCUCAAUCCUGUUCACCUGGGCAUCAAUCUGGCAGGCACGGCUUGCCUCUAUAACCUGAUCAAAUCGCCGAACGUAGAAAAAUGCGUAUCGCUCAGCUUGGCCAAAAGGGUAGUCGAAACGUCUCUCAAGGCUAUGCAAACGUUCGCCGGAAAUCAGCAGAUCCAGAAGAACGUUAUCCUUUUGCUUUGCAAUGAUUGGGUAAUAAACAAGGUAACCUUCGACAAACUGAAAUGCACUGGCCUAGUACUGGACUGUUUGUGCGCAUACAAAGAUAACCGAAUGAUUCAAAUGUGCGCUGCCAUAACUUCGCUAAUCGCCGCUAAGAUGACGGUCAGGCAAGUCAACCAACUGGGCUCGAAGAGCUGUUACAUCAAAAGACUCCUGGAAAUUAUCAUGGAGCGGGUAAUGAAUUUUCAAAACGAUUCGAUACUCAAACUUUGCCUAAGCGCUAUCUGGAACCUCACAGAUGAAAGCCCAAAGACUUGUAAAAAUUUUAUCAAAGAAAACGGUCUUCGCGUGUAUUACGAUGCCUUUCAGUCCUUCGCCGACGACCCAUCUAUCCUCACCAAAUUCCUAGGUUCUCUCAGCAACGUGGCCGAAGUGGCUUCCCUUAAAAUUUCGUUCCUCUCCAAACCCGAUUUCUUUAACCACCUGCUUAAGUUAACGGGCUCGGAACAUGUGGCAGUCAGUUACUUCAGCUGUGGCAUAUGCGCCCAUUUGCUCACCGCUAUCGUGACCGCUAGACCGAAGAAAAAGCCCGCGAAAUUAAUGAAAUCCUCUUCUAAACCAGAAGAAUCGAAACGGGGUUUAUUUGACGAAGGCGCAGAAGUUCUUAAGGGUUCCGCGAGCGGAGGAAACUCUCAGGAGGACGAUGGGAUGGAGGAGUACGGGAAUGGGUUGGGAGAAGGACCGAGUCUGGACGCGGACUACCAGGACGGUAAUGGAUGGCCGGAUCAAAACGUUAUCAACGAGGGUCUCUGCAGAGUCGUGCUAUCCUGGUCUGAACCCGAUACGGAAAUGGUUUCUUACCGCUCAUUCCGGCCAUUUUUUCAUAUCUUAUCACGUCCUAUCGUCGCUCAAUACGGUGCCCACUUAUGGGCGCUCUGGGCCCUGAGACACGUUUGUUCCAAAAAUGUCGAGAGAUAUAGAAUUCUUUUAGACAACGAAAAUGGGCAAACUUUUUUGAGUCGCUAUCGACGAAAACUCGAAAGUAUCAACCAAUCACCGAGUUUCGAUGAAGGUUCUAGUCAUAAGGUCGAAUCGAUAACAUUAUCACCUGAUAUUGUCGCCACGUUAAAUUCCGUAUUGAACGAAUUGACCGAAAUUAUUUUGGAUUGAAAAUAUUAUAAAUUACUUAUCAAUUUUUUGCCCGAAAAAAUAAAUGUAUAUAUAAAGUUAUUAUCGCGACCUGCAUUUUUCAAACAAUUUUGGACCGGGACAUCUCCAUGCUAUUUAGGAAUAUUAUUUUAUAACAAAUUUACUCGUAAGAAUAUAGUUGAACUUCUAAAAAUAAUAAUUAAGACUCGACAUUCGCUAUAAUAAUUUCGCUAUAUCUGUCUUUCUAACAAUUCCGCUAUUUAUAUAUAUUUGUUUUAAAAAAAAACGCGCAUAUUCAAUUUCUUUUUUUUUAUCCUCUAGGAAUGAAUUGUUUUUUUUUUAUUAAAUGGAAAAAAUAUAUAUUAUACCUGGAAUAUUUAUAAAUUUUAUUAUUUAUUUAUCUUUCUCUUGGUAAAAAAAAAAUAUAGUUUUUAUUUUUACAAACUUUUAGGCCUGUAUUAGAAUGUAUCAAUAAAAAUUAUUUUUGAUUA